UUUGCAAGUGGUGCAUUUCAACAUAUUAAAGACACGGUUUUGUCAGCCUUGAAUCGAGAACCUACAGUGGACAUCUCUCCAGACACAGUUGGAACUCUCAGUCUUAUUAUGUUGGCUCAAGCCCAAGAAGUCUUUUUUUUGAAAGCUACAAGAGAUAAAAUGAAAGAUGGUAUCAUAGCUAAACUAGCCAAUCAAGCUGCAGAUUACUAUGGCGAUGCUUACAAACAGUGUCAAUAUAAAGACACUUUGCCCAAGGAGGUGUUCCCUGUUCUGGCUGCAAAGCACUGCAUAAUGCAGGCCAAUGCAGAAUAUCAUCAAUCUAUCCUGGCAAAACAGCAGAAGAAAUUUGGUGAAGAAAUUGGGAGGUUGCAGCACGCAGCAGACUUGGUGAAAACAGUGGCCUCUCGUUAUGAUGAAUAUAUCAACAUUAAAGAUCUGGUUGACAAAAUCAACCGUGCCCUUACAGCUGCUAAAAAAGACAAUGACUUCAUUUACCACGACCGAGUUCCUGACCUGAAAGAUCUGGAGUCCAUCGGAAAAGCCAGUCUUGUGAAGUCAACUCCGGUUGUUGUUCCUCUCAGUCAGAAAUUCACUGACCUGUUUGAGAAGAUGGUUCCAUUGCAAGUACAGCAAUCUGUGAGCAUUUGUAACCAGAGGAAGGCGGAUCUAGUCAACAGGUCAAUAGCCCAGAUGAGAGAAGCCACAAAUCUGGCAAAUGGCGUGUUGGCUUCCCUCAAUCUUCCUGCUGCUAUCGAAGACGUGUCUGGCGAUACCGUUCCUCAGUCAAUUUUGAACAAGUCGAAGUCCGUGAUUGAACAGGGAGGCAUUCAGACUGUUGAUCAGCUCAUCAAAGAUCUGCCUGAACUGCUACAAAGGAACAAAGAAAUUUUAGAUGAAUCACUAAGGUUAUUAGAUGAAGAAGAAGCUACAGACAAUGACCUGCGAACAAAAUUCAAAGAACGCUGGCAGAGGACGCCAUCCAACGAGCUUUACAAGCCUUUGAGGACAGAGGGAGCCAAUUACCACAGUAUUUUGAACAGAGCUGUGCAAGCAGAUGGCCAAGUUAAGGAGCGGUACCAGGCUCACCGGGACACGAUUGCCCUUCUGUGUAAGCCAGAGUCGGAACUCAACGCAGCCAUUCCUUCUGCCAACCCGGCAAAAACAUUGCAAGGCAGCGAGGUUGUUAAUGUCUUAAGAACUUUGCUAGCCAAUCUGGAUGAAGUUAAGAAGGAGAGAGAGCAAUUGGAAAAUGACCUGAAAUCUGUGAAUUUCGACAUGACCAGCAAAUUCCUGACUGCGCUUGUGCAGGAUGGCGCUAUAAAUGAGGAGGCUAUCUCUGUGACGGAGUUGGACAAGAUUUAUGGGAGUUACACACAGAAAGUGCAAGAGUCCCUAAAAAAGCAGGAAGAACUUCUCAAAAACAUUCAGAAUGCGCAUCAGGAUUUUUCAAAGAUGAAACAAUCAAACAACGAAUCUAAUUUAAGAGAAGAAGUUUUGAAGAACUUAGCGGUAGCGAAUGACAACUUUGUGGAACUUGUAGCCAAUUUGAAAGAAGGCACAAAGUUUUACAAUGAGCUGACAGAAAUCCUGCUCAAAUUCCAAAACAAAUGCAGUGACAUUGUGUUUGCCCGCAAGACUGAAAGAGACGAACUGCUCAAAGAUUUGCAGCAGAGCAUUGCCAGGGAGCCCAGUGCUCCUUCCAUUCCUCUGCCUACAUAUCAGACCACGUCAGCUGGAGGAAAUAAGCCUGCUGCAUCACCGACUCCUACUCCAGCACCCAGAACUAUGGUGGGGACUAAACCACAGCCACCAGCACGGCCGCCGCCACCAGUGAUUUCUGCAGCCAGCAGUCCCUCUUCUGCAUCAGCACCCCCCGGAACACCCGCAGCUCCUGCGGCUUCUCCUGCCCCCAGCGCCCCUGCAACUGGUGCUGCCCCCUCACAGGCACAGGGACCCCCGUACCCAACUUAUCCAGGUUACCCAGGGUAUUGCCAGAUGCCAAUGCCGAUGGGCUACAAUCCGUACAUGUAUGGCCAAUAUAACCUGCCGUACGCGCCCUCCCCCGUGUAUCAGACACCCGGACAAGCACCGUAUCCUCCACCUCAACAACCUGGAUACCCUUUUCCUCAACAGCCUUAUUACCCUCAGCAAUAA